AUGAACUGCGGCAACUUCGGCAACUUCUCGGGCGCCGUCUUCCCCGGCUGCUACUGGGGCAGCUACGGGUACCCCCUGGGCUACAGCGUGGGCUGCGGCUACGGCAGCACCUACUCGCCCGUCGGCUACGGCUGCGGCUACGGCUACGGCGGCUGCCUCAGCUACCGGCGGUACUGGCCCUACGGCCUGUACUGA